CUUGUCUGUCUAUGCACACACACACACGCAUGACCCCGCUACUCGACAAACUCCUUCUCGAACCACUCACGCGUCUCAUCCCGCGUCCCGGCGAACGCCACCUCACUGCAUCAGUCCAUCCAGCAACCACCACGAUGACCAUCCAUUGCGCCACAAUUGUAAGUCCUGCUUACGUGCGGCAGAAGGGACUCAGUAGCUUGGGGUCGUCGGCCAGUUUGGGGGGCGGCGGCUGCCCGUCAUCCUCUAGCCUCUUGCGUGCCGCCCUCACCCUCGCCACGUCGGCUUGCCACUUGGCUCGGUGGUCGUUGUAGCAUUCACGGCACAUCCGCAGCUCGCGACACGGCAUCACCUUGAUGAUGGCCGCCCGCUCGAAGCAUAUGCCGCACUCGGGAUGAGACGUAGAACUGACGUGAAGAUGAGAGACCCACAGGCAAUGUACUGGUGCCCUUUCCUCUCUCUCUCUCUCUCUCUGCCCACCCUCACCUCUGGCUCGCCGCGCCCGUGCUAACAGUGGAUGGGACAGCAACAGCAGCACUAGAGUUGGCCGAGGGAGCAGCAGAUGAUGCACUGGCGCCCCCCAUGCUCACAAUGGGGAAUGACGGCGGCUGGAUCAUGGCCGGUGGCGGCAGAAUGGGCACACCGAGACCGCGACCCACUCCACGAGACACGACAGCCCCAGCAGAGCUACGCGAGCCACCAUUGACUUCUGUCUGUGCUGAUGCGAUGGGUGGAUGCAGGGGCGAGCGAUGUGGCAGGGGGAGAGGGACGGGAGGGGCGUUGUGGCGGCCGUCACUCACUGACGAUUGAGAGGACGGUGGGCGAGUCGACACCGAUGAGGGAAUGGAUGACAGCGAUCUGAACAGACAGGCACCAAACGAGAUCUCAAGCAGGCCGGCGAGAGUGGAACCAUUUCCUUCUCGGCCUUACCUGUCGUUUGGUUUGUCAGCUUUGUCCGUCUGCUGCUGCUGUGCGUAGCCGCCCUGCAGUGCUUUGUUGCCUCCCCUGGUGCCCCUCUUGCUGCGGCCGACUGUGACGAACCCAUCGCCCUCACCACCGCCAUCCCCCACUCCUUGCUGCCGCCCACCGCCGCCCCGAACCGACCCAGAGGGGCCGCCAGACACAGCCGACGGCAUCGGUGCAGACGAUGAGCAUGACGGUUGGGGAGGGGAGAGGGGCGACGGGCUGGAGAGACCAGGGAGACCAUGAUGCUCUUCCAUGUUCUCCUCCUGCUGCUCGCUGUGAUCUUCCGCCGUGUCGAUGCCACCACCACCGCUGUCGAUCGGCACACACACAGAUGAUCGAUGGGCUGAGUGAGGUGAGGCCCUUUUCCCAUUUCACCUGGAUGAUGAUGCCGCCUGUUUGGUGCUGUUGGCUCCCUCGCCGCCCUUCUUGGCCUUGGACUUCUUCUUGCCGCCCUUACUGCUGGUGUUGGUGUUGGUGUCCUUGCCCUUCUGCUGUGUGUCGCUAAUGCCCAACUCGGCUGCCAGCAAUGCGUCGGCCCGCUCGUUGGCCGCACUCUCAAUCUCGUCAAACAACUCCAACAACUGACACACAACACACAAAUUGACAUCGACACGGACUGUGUAAGCCGCCAUGUGUGGAUCAUUUCCCACCUCCUUGGGCACUGCUAUCUGCUGCUGCUGCUGGUGGUGUGCCUUCCGUCGCCCCUUCGGCUGCUGUCCGGCCGCCCGCAUGGUCUUGACAGAUUCGUCCUGCAGGAUGGCCUGCGUGACGGUGUUGGGGCGGAAGCCGCCCCUCUUGCCGCCCACGCGAUCGCACAGCUGCACAGUCAGACACACAGGGAAUUGCAGACAUCGACAAGUGCAAUUGGACAAGUGUGUGCGUGUAUCCGUACCUGACGAGUGCACGGAGGGUUCGGACGGCGAAGCCUAUGAAGCUACCCAGCUCGUGCUGGCUGAGGUGGUCCUUGAUGCAUGCGAGAGCCAGCUGGCACACAGCUGCGUGCAGGCCGUCGCGCAACUGCGAUCUGGGGAUGAGCGACACACAGUGCAUGAGCACACGGACAGAAGACACACUCAUGAAUCCUUCCAUCCAUCCCCCACCCGUCCUGACCUUGGCGCGAGCGUCAGUGAGGUCGUCUGCGGGCCCCCCGACGAUGUGCGGAAGGCUGGAUGCACAGAAGGCCGAAUCGGUACCGCCGUGCUUGACAACGUUCGAGAGGAGAGAGAUGCAGCCAGAGAGAUAUACCUGGUCCCGAUACCCACAGGCUGUCAGCAUCCAUACAUACACUGAUGGAUGCAAUGGGACAGACCCAUGCCCCAUCCCACCCUCACCGGCCAGCACGAAUAAGACCGGAAGGGCGCUCGCGUACGUACGCCCCACCCCAUCGGCGAAUCGCGUCACAUAGUCGCCGGUCAAGCAAGUCGCCACAUAGGCCUGCAGCGUGGGAACAUGCAUCUGCGGUCACACGGCGUACGGUCCCAUUAGUCAUCGUACCUCCAAUGCCUUGGGAACUCUCAUGAGACGCUCGGCAGGCGACUCAGCUGCAUCAGCAACGAAGGAGAAAAAGGCCCAGAGCCCGAAGA